AUGCAAUUAUCGUUCCUGGACUUUGAAGUCGAGUUCGACUUUCCUCACCGAGGCCGUCUUCUCACCACGUUCCGCGUCGAUGGAGUACCAAAAAAUUCGAAAAGAACAGUAGAUCAGUGCCUUGCCGAUAUCAUACUAACACCAUCAGGAUGCCCUUUGACCGAUCUCGAGUACGCUGACGAUCUUUUUAUAUUCUCGGAAAGCAGAACAAAACUUCAUCGUGUUGCCAACCUUGUAUUGAAGCUGGCUGCAGCCUAUGGACUACGUCUACACCCUUAUAAAUGCAAGCAGAUGUAG